AAUGGCGAUGUCUUUUCUUGCGUGCAGGAACACUUUUGUAAAGCAUUGUUUUCAUAGAAAACUCACGACAGCUUUAUGGAGAAGUUUUGCAAAGUGGAAGCCCACUUCUAGCAGAAAUUACAAUAUAGCAGCAUGCAUGCCAGAGGCUGCAGCCUUCCUUGGAGUCGGGGACCACGCCGGAUUGUAUAACUACUCCGUCAACGAGGGAGACCGGUUUUGGGGUGCCUUGGCGAGGCAGAGACUCUCUUGGAUCACCCCCUUCCACACAGUGCAGGACUGUAAACUGAGCGAAGGAAAAAUCCGUUGGUUUGAAGGAGGGCAGCUGAACGCAUCAGUGAACUGUCUGGAUAGACACAUCCACACUUGCCCUGAGCGAGUGGCUCUUAUCUGGGAGAAAGAUGAGCCAGGCACAGAAGCGAGAGUCACUUACAGACAGCUUCUGGAGCUGACAUGCCGUCUGGGGAACGUCCUGAAGCGCCAGGGAGUGAGGAAGGGCGAUCGUGUCACCAUCUACAUGCCUCCAUGCCCCCUGACAGUGGCUGCCAUGCUGGCAUGCGCCCGGAUUGGCGCGGUCCACUCCGUGGUGUUUGCGGGUUUCAGCUCCGAGGCGCUGGCUGACAGGAUACGAGAUGCCCAGUCGAAACUGGUGAUCACAUCGAACCAGGCACUGAGGGGAGGGAGGACCAUAGAGCUGAAGAAGACUGUAGACCAGGCUGUAAAGGACUGCCCGUCCGUCACACGGGUUCUUGUUGCCAUGAGAACGGACAACCAGGUCCAAAUGACUGACAAAGACAUCCCACUGGAGGAGGAAAUGAUGAAGGAAGAUGUGACCUGUGACCCUGUUGCCAUGGAGAGUGAGGACAUGUUGUUUUUGCUGUACACGUCAGGCAGCACAGGGAAGCCCAAAGGCCUUGUGCACACCCACGCAGGCUACCUGCUCUAUACCUCUCUGACACACAGGUAUGUGUUUAACUACCACGACGGGGAUGUGUUUGGCUGUGUCGCGGAUAUUGGCUGGAUCACUGGGCACAGCUAUGCUGUGUACGGACCGCUGUGCAACGGGGGCACUACAGUUCUGUUUGAGAGCACUCCGCUCUACCCCGACCCAGGGCGCUACUGGGAGACUGUUGAGAGGCUAAGAAUUAAUCAGUUUUAUGGAGCACCCACAGCAAUCAGACUUCUUCUGAAAUACGGAGAUCAGUGGGUUAAGAAAUACGACCGGUCAUCUCUGAAAACCCUUGGGUCAGUGGGAGAGCCAAUAAACUCAGAAGCAUGGGAGUGGUACUCCAGAGUGGUUGGGGAGGGGAAAUGCCCUCUAGUGGACACUUGGUGGCAAACCGAGACGGGAGGGAUUUGUAUUGCUCCCAGACCUUCUGAUCCUGAUGCUGAGAUCAUCCCAGCCAUGGUGAUGAGGCCCUUCUUCGGCAUUCAGCCUGCUCUGAUGGACGAGAAGGGUAACAGACUGUCUGCCAGCGAUGUGUCCGGCGCGCUCUGCAUCGCACAGCCCUGGCCUGGGAUGGCCAGAACCAUUUACAAUGACCACAAGCGGUACAUAGAGACCUACUUCCAGCCUUACCCAGGUCACUUUUUCACGGGAGAUGGUGCGUACCGGUCGAAAGAAGGAUACUAUCAGAUCAUUGGCCGUCUCGACGACGUGCUCAAUGUGAGCGGCCACCGCCUGGGCACUGCGGAGAUUGAAGAAGUGGUGAAUCAGCACCACGUCGUGGCCGAGUCCGCUGUGGUCGGUUAUCCUCAUGAGAUAAAGGGGGAAGGUGCCUAUGCAUUCAUAGUGCUGAAGGAUGGAGUGGAUGACCCUGAGGAGCUCAUAGAGAAGCAGCUGAGGGACACCGUCUCCCUGAAGAUUGCAAAGUAUGCUGCUCCCGAUUAUAUACAGGUGGUUAAACGCUUGCCCAAGACCCGCUCUGGGAAGAUCAUGCGACGUGUGCUGCGGAAGAUCGUGGAGGGGAAGGGGAGCCAGCUGGGGGAUCUGUCCACCAUGGACGAUCAGACAGCAGUGCAGGAGAUCAUCGAUGGACACAAGCACCUUCGGGGAGCUCCACGAUAAGCCAGCCCCCGAGGAGCGGAGUGCUAAGCACAGACACACUGCAGAAAUUAGAGACGGUACUGCACACACUACACAUACAGGUUUGCUUCAAUUCCAUCACGCACAGACCAUGUAUCAAGCAAACAGCAUUGAUUUUAAACUGAGACCUGAAGACAGAAGCACAUGCAUCACAUUUAUGUAUCUAUUAGAAGUUCUUUGUGUGUGUUUUCUUGUGAACCCCAGGCUGUCCGUAUACAUAGCACACCCUUAUAUGGUACAGUACAAUAAAUAUUAGCAGACUCAUAUAUAUAUAUGUUUGCAUGAAAGCUCUGCCCAGAAUAACAACAAUACAACACAAUAACAUGUAUCAUGUAUUUUAGAAAUAUUCCAAGUGCUUUAUAAUCAGUAUAAACUGAUAUUAAUAACUGUUUUUAAUAAUAAUUUAUCAUACUGUUUUAUAUAGCUGAACUGUUCAAAAGAUGAUACCCUCAACAAUUCUGUUUUUUGUUUGUUUUUUUUCUUUAGUAGGAAGCUGUUCAAGUCUCGUAGACCAGAAAAUGCUUUAGAUUGAAGUGUUUUUUUUGUAUUUUGUAGAAUAUUCUCUUUUGAAAAGGGUCUAUGGUGUGUAACUGGCAAAUCUAUUGUGUAGAGGAUGAGGAGCAAUCUGGUGUGGGCUGCACAGGAAAUGUACAAAUACAAAAGUAAUCUUAAUAAAUUCAAUGACAAUCGAAGUCUUGUCUUAAUGACAUUCUUAACAGCAUUGAGAGUUUCGUCGUUAGGGGAAACUACAGGGUUAACAGAUGUAAGGACCCAGCACAUUGCUGAACUGUCAGAAAUACUGUUAGAGGUGCCUGAGGAAGUACACCUAGUGGAUGUUCCGCACACUUGGACAUUGCAAGCAGUGCACUGGAGCACUCGCAUGUUGUUUUUAUGGUGCACCUGUGUUCAGUAUCAUCUCUUUGCAUGGAGUUGUGGUUCUUCGUGUGUGUUAAGUCAGCCAGUCUGGACGGCUGCAAAACUAAUGGACCAAAUGCUAAUAAAUGGAGUUCACAGUGAAGCCACAGGGUUCUGGAAACGUUUCCUAUUAAGAAUAGUCUUUUGCUUGUUAUCAGGAAAGGUUACUGCACUUCCAUUAAUCUGCUUUUCUGUGACUCAAGUGGCUCUCCAAGCUGCUAAUGAACUGACAAAUCGGACAGUUCCUGCCUUAAACACAAAUGUAGUUGCACUAAUUACUUUGUGAGCUGCUGGAGAGAGAGUCCUGGAGGCUGACAGAUUCCGUGUUGCACAGAACGCAGAGGGCUCUUUAUGUGUGCCAGGCUGUAGAAAAAGCCCACAUGUACAUAGCUGCUGAAGCUUGCCAUGCAAAAUAUACAAUGUGCAGUCGAUGGCCUGAUUUUGUAAAACUGACACUGUCAAAUGUAUUACAGAUUUCUGUGCAUUUGAAUCAGUCUUGUUGCAACACAUGCGUGCAGGUACUUGUU